GUCAGACUGCAAACCCAGCCUAAGCCACAGCCUGGUCAGACUCCGCUCUAUUCUGGGACCUUUGACUGCUUCAGAAAGACUCUUGUUGGAGAGGGAGUCCGAGGCUUGUACAGAGGAAUGGCAGCUCCUAUUAUCGGAGUGACACCCAUGUUUGCUGUGUGCUUCUUCGGAUUUGGCUUGGGAAAACGACUCCAACAGAGAAAACCUGAUGACAUUUUGACAUAUCCUCAGCUGUUUGCUGCUGGCAUGUUGUCGGGAGUGUUCACCACAGCAAUCAUGGCUCCAGGAGAGAGAAUCAAGUGCCUUUUACAGAUCCAGGCAGCUACAGGUGAAACUAAAUACAGUGGCUCCUUGGACUGUGCAAAGCAGCUGUACCGCGAGGCUGGGAUUCGUGGCGUGUACAAGGGGACAGUGCUCACCCUCAUGAGAGACGUCCCCGCCAGCGGAAUGUACUUCAUGACGUACGAGUGGCUGAAGAACGUUCUGACCCCCCAGGGUCACAGUGUGAGUGACCUCAGUGCGCCCAGGAUCCUCUUUGCUGGUGGCCUGGCUGGGAUCUUCAACUGGGCAGUGGCCAUCCCUCCAGACGUGCUGAAAUCCCGUUUCCAGACAGCUCCUGCAGGAAAAUACCCAAAUGGCUUUAGAGAUGUGCUAAGAGAACUUAUCAGAGAGGAAGGAGUCGCGUCUCUCUAUAAAGGCUUCACAGCUGUAAUGAUCAGGGCAUUUCCCGCUAAUGCAGCGUGUUUUCUUGGUUUUGAAGUUGCUAUGAAGUUUCUUAACUGGGUUGCACCAGGUCUAUGA